AUGGAUAAAACGAACUUUGCUUGCAUUGCGGACGAUCCCAUCGAAGUGAGAGAAGCGGCGCGCAAAGGUUUGGGCGUUUUUGCGAGAAUUGACAUUCGUCGUGGCACCCGUAUUAUUUCUGAAUCAGCAUUACUCGAAGUAGGCGAUGAAAAGAAUUCGGAAGCAAAAGGCAUUGUGCUGGCCUUUGAGCAGCUUGCUCCUCCCCAGCAAGAAUUGUUCUUACAGCUGCAUGGAUAUGCCUGCAACAAAUUUAAACGUGCUGCUGAGCGUGAGAUGGAACAGGCUUGGCAGGAUAUCUCGGAAUUGCAUCGUACAGUACUCUCCAUCUAUGCAGCGAACGCCUUUGGCAAGGUUUUCUGGCUUGGCUCCCGCAUCAACCACUCAUGCCUUCCAAAUGUCAACUUUUCAUAUAAUCCAGCGCUCAAACAAGGGACGUUCCACGCGAUACGCGAUAUCGUGGCCGGUGAGGAGCUUACCGUUAUGUAUAUCAAUGGUACAAACCGUACCAAGAGCCAGCGCCAGGCAGAAUUGAAAAAAUGGGGGUUCUCGUGCUCUUGUCCGGCGUGCGAGGAUACAUUACAAGGCCAAAAGAGGGAGGAGAAAAGGGCGGAAUUGUUUGCCCUGGAUCAAGCGCUCGCCGUACACGCAUUCUCUGGCACGGCGAAGUCUCUUGAAGAAGCACUCUUGAAGGCGCAAAGAAUGGCAUCGAUACAGAAUUCGGAAGGCCUCGUGCAUAGAGAGUUGAGGGUGACGUACCAUGAGGCUGCCAGUUACAGUCUGAGAACGGGGCGUCUGAGAAUGGCACUCUUGUGA